ACCGCGGUACAGUUGAACUACUGUUUGCUUUCAUUCUACAUUCUACAACGUUAAAAAAUAAUUUCGUUAAAAAACAGAGUUCCAAUACAAAUGUGCAGUUGCUAUAAUUAACGACAUUAAUUAUUUUUGUCGAUUUUAUAUAACUGUGUUAUUAAUAACAUUUUGACCCGUUGAAUCUGUAAGCUAUCGGGAGUAUUUAGAUAGACAUAACCCCAAUUUUUUUUCUCUGUGCGCGGUUAUUCCACAGUAAUUUCAUCAAAAUGCCUUACUUUAGACUUGAGACAAAUGUUCCACAAGAUAAAAUACCAGCCGAUCUUUCUAAGAAGCUAUGUGAAGUGGUAUCCAAAUCUUUGGGCAAACCUAUAAGUUAUUGUGUCGCAUCUGUUACUGGUGGUGUAAAUUUAAGUUGGGGUGGAACUAGUAAUCCUGCGGCUCAAGCAACAUUGAUGAGUAUUGGAGCAUUAGGAACAGAAGAAAACAAAAAACAUUCUAAAGCUCUUUUCGAGAUUGUAAAUAAGGAGCUUAACAUCUCACCUGAGAAAAUGUACAUUCAUUUUAUAAAUGCCCCAACAUCAGUAGUUGGUUACAAUGGAACAACUUUCCAUGAUAUUUUUGGGGCCUAAUUAUGGCAAUGUGAGUAAUAUUUCUUCAGUUUUUGAAAUAUUUAAAAAAAAUGUAAAAUGUAUGAAAUGUAUAAAAUUGACAACUUAGGAACAUAAUUUUGUUUAGCAUAACACUAUUAAGUAGUGUGUUUAUUACAGGAAGAAAUAAUUCAAUGAUGAAUGGCAUAUCUAGCCAUAAAACAGUAACCAUUAUUGUUGUACUGUACAUGUAAAUUUGUACAUAUAUCUUUAAAAUAAAAAUAUGCAGAUAAAGAA